AUGAGGGCGGCGCUCCGCAUCCCGCUGCGGGCUUCCAACAAUUUUGAUCCCGCGGUGGUCAUACGAUCCAAUCUUGCCCACCUGAACCCCCCCCUAACUCGUUCGUCGACUCCUCCUAUUACUUCUCGUUUGCUCUCAUCUGCAACUACACGCCCUUUCGCAACUCAGCGACGCCGUAUCGGCGAUCAUUCACUAUCACUACCGCCGUUUCCUACUCGGAAUGCAGCCACCUCCGCGACCUCGGGACGGAAUGACACGAGGCAGUCUGGACCGGGGAAAUCGCACAACAGAGGACUCAGAUAUGUUGUGAUCGGUGGAGCUAUCGCCAUUGCGGCAGUAGCAUACUCGGAUGAGGUUCAGCACUACUACCGUGCGGCAGCGCGCACUGGACGAGUCGUCGGUGCCCUCGCCAUCUGUAUCAAUGAUUACCGUGUUACCCUCAAGCAAGAAACAUCCACCCCUGGAGAACGGGACGAAGCGAUACGGGCCUGUCACAAGCGUUGCGCGGACCGCACGCUGCGUGUUCUCGAGCAGAAUGGGUCGAUCUUCAUCAAACUAGGACAACAUCUGAGCAGUAUGGGAUACUUGCUGCCCUUGGAAUGGACGACAACCUUCAUUCCUCUUCAGGAUAAAUGCCCCGUUUCGUCCAUCGAGUCCGUCGAAGCGAUGUUCGUCGCUGAUACUGGUCGUCGUAUCGAUGAGCUCUUCUCAUCCUUCGACCCACAGCCUAUCGGCGCCGCUUCUCUCGCCCAGGUGCAUGUUGCUACGCUCAAGGAAACUGGUCAGAAAGUCGCGGUCAAGGUGCAACAUCCUGCAUUGGCAGAGUGGGCGCCGCUUGAUUUGGCAUUGACUCGAUUCACCUUUUCGACGUUGAAGCGCUUCUUCCCGGAAUACGAUUUGGAAUGGUUGUCGAAAGAGAUGGACCUGUCGCUGCCACAAGAAUUGGAUUUUCGGAUGGAAGCUGAAAAUGCUAUGCGGACAAAGGAAUACUUCAAGAAGCAUUCAGAUGCCCCACUAGUCAUUCCAGAAGUGAUGUGGGCCCAGAAGCGUAUCCUCGUUAUGGAGUUUCUUUCCGGACGACGACCCGACGACCUUGAGUUCCUGGAUUCCAAUCACAUUGACCGGGAUGAGGUUUCCGCCGCAUUGGCACAUAUCUUCAACGAAAUGAUUUUCGGCGCCAACGCUCCCUUGCAUUGCGAUCCACAUGGGGGGAACAUCGCUAUCCGUCUCAACCCCAACGGUCGACGUCACAACUUCGAUAUCGUACUUUACGACCAUGGACUCUACCGGGACAUUCCUCAAGACCUGCGUCGCAACUAUGCAAAGCUCUGGCUGGCGGUGAUCGAAGCCGAUGAGUCGCGCAUGCGGGAAUCCGCGCACAAAGUUGCCGGUAUAACGGAUGAGCAGUUCCCUCUCUUCGCCAGCGCCAUUACUGGACGAGACUACAUGGUUCUCAAGAAAAAGGACAUCACUUCCGCCCGCACGUCCGCAGAGAGGGAGAGCAUGUCCGGUGCACUCGGUGAAGGCAUGUUGCAACAACUCGUCGAACUGCUGGGCCAAGUUCCUCGUAUCAUCCUUCUGAUCCUAAAGACAAACGACCUGACCCGCAGUCUUGACGAAAACCUGCAAACUCGCCAAGGGCCCAUUCGCACGUUCCUCAUUCUCGCACGAUACGCAACUCGCACCGUCUUCGAGGAACAAAUGGAAGCCGUUUACGAAACAGGCGGUGUUCUCCGUCCUUCAAACUUCUGGCGUUUCCUUUGCGCAUGGACCGGCUUCCUGCGCGUGGAACUGAAGCUUUCUGUCUACGAGGCUCUCCUAUCACUGAAGAGUCGCUUUGGGUUGGUAUAG